AUCGAUCGGGGCGGGGUUUGGGAUAAGUUUUGUUUUCUUGGGGCAGCCUUCUGUUUCGAUUUGGGGCUGGCCCCGCCUUUCCCCAGCUGGUUCCGGGCGCGCCUCCAUUUCCCCUGCUAGGCGAGCCAAGGUGGGGUGGGGCUCGCUCCGGCUGGUGCCGGGGGUUCGCGGCGGCGAAAGCGAGCGAGCGGAAGGUGGCGGGCCAUGGCCCAGGCGGCCCUGGUCAGCCGGGUCACCAAGGAGCUGUGCGCGGCCGGGGGCAGUUUGGAGCUGGGGGAGCUGGCCCGGCGGCUCCCCGGCGGCGUCAGCGAGGAUGCCCUGGAGAAGGCGCUGCGCAAACUGGCCGCUCGACGCUUCGUGCUGGGGGUGCGCGGAGGGGAAGCCCGGGGCGGCGCGGGCGGCAGCAGCCCGGAGCGCGGCCGGGAGGAGCGGGUGCUGGUGGCCGCCAGCGACGCGAGGCUGUGCCAGGCGUACUCGACCGGCUGCGACGGCAGAUGCGACCAGCUGCACCUCUGCAAGUUUUUCCUCUACGGGAACUGCAAAUUCUCGAAAACCGGGAAAGGAUGUAAAUAUAGCCACAUCAUUGAUUCUGUACACAAUAGGAUUGUCUUGAAAAACCAUGGAAUUGAACACCUCAACUUGGACGAACUAAGUCAGCUUUUGCUUCAGAAUGAUUCUACGCUCUUGCCAGAGAUCUGCGCACACUAUAAUAAAGGAGAUGGGCAGCAUGGUUCUUGUACCUUUAAAAAUACUUGUGCCAAACUCCACCUUUGCCAGUACUUCUUGCAGGGCAACUGCAGGUUUGGCAGUGGCUGUAAGCGGUCCCAUGUCUUUAAUGCUACGUGUCAGGAGAAGUUUAAAAAGUGGGGCUUCAGCGCCGCUAUAAUCAGUAGACUGCCUUCCAUUUACAGAAAUGCUUCUGACAUCAAAAAUGAAAGCUCAGCACCUAAAAAAGAAAGAAGCGUUAGUAGCGACUCUGUCCCUGCCACCCCAAAUAGCAAUGAAGAGAAUGAUCAGAUCUGCUUGUACCACAUUAGGAAGGCUUGUAGCUUUAAAGAUAAGUGUUUUAAGGUGCAUUUUCAUUUGCCGUAUAGAUGGCAGUUCCUUGAAGGGAACACAUGGAAAGAUUUGGAAGAAAUGGAGAAGAUUGAAAAGGCGUACUGCGACCCCAGCACAAGCCAGUUGCUUACUAGGGUUGCCUGGAGGCCUGGGAUCCCCCUAAACUUUGAUAACAUGACUUGCGGGCCUUACAAAGCUCGACGUCUCUCUACGGCCUCUUCUGUUGCCAAACCUCCGCACUUUAUCCUCACUACCGAGUGGCUUUGGUAUUGGAACAAGGACAAAGAUUUGUGGCAGGAGUAUGGCGUAAAGGGCACUGAACACCAUGCAGCUCUUGUUAGCAGCAGUGAUGUGGAGAAGGCCUACUUGAGCCAAGAGUCACCUAUCCUGAAGUUCUCCGUUGGAAAGUACAACUAUGAGUUGAAUUUCAAAGCCAUGGUUCAGAAAAGCUUGUACUUCGGCACUAUCAGGAAAGUUUGUCGGAGACCGAAAUAUGUUUCUCUUGAGGAUGUAAAGACGAAGCAGACUUGUGGUGACAAAUCAGUGGCCCCAAAGGAUGUUCCAUCUCAUUGGGAUAUGUCUGCAUUGCCCGAACUAGGAUUUAAGCUAAUCUCACUUUCCCCCUCCUCUGGAGAAUACCUGAAGGUCCAAGAACAGUUUUGUCGUACGAUGCCUAAAUACAAAAUUUGUAAGAUCGAGAGAAUCCAGAACCCAACACUCUGGGAAGUAUAUCAGUGGCAGAAAGCACAGAUGAAGAAGAGUAAUGCAGGGCAGGAAGUAGAUGAGAGGUUUCUGUUUCAUGGUACCAGUCCUGAGUACAUCCAUGCCAUCUGCCAUCAGAAUUUCGACUGGAGGAUCUGUGGUCUUCAUGGCACCAGCUAUGGCAGAGGAAGCUACUUUGCCCGAGAUGCUGCUUAUUCCCACCACUACAUCCAAUCUUCCGUGAAACCCCAGCCCAUGUUCUUGGCCCGGGUUUUGGUGGGAGAGUUUACCAGGGGCAAUUCCACCUAUCUCCGACCUCCCCCCAAAGAAGGUCAAAGCAGCAUCUUCUACAACAGCUGUGUGAACAGUGUACAUGACCCUUCCAUCUUUGUGGUCUUUGAGAAGCACCAGAUUUACCCUGAAUAUCUCAUAUGGUACUGACCCUCCAUGGAAAGCCCUCUGCCUGACUCUACUAUCUCUGCAGCAGCUCGCACUGAAAUGACGGUUUGGGGCCAUGGGCAUUUCUCUAUUUCUCUUGGCCUCUUUCUUAAGGUGGAGAAAGAGCCUAUUGUAUUGUUUUUGAAAGAACAUUUUAAAAAAGUUUUAAUGUCCUACUUUGCACUAAUUUCUUUAUACAGGUACAUCACUGACUUUUUGCUAAAGGAGAAUUUUCUCUCAGAUUUCCCAUAGAUUAUUUUGUUCCUUAACUGUCCUGUAACUUCAGCAACAGAGUAACUGAUGAAUAUAUACUGAUACCCAAGCCUAUUUUAUCUUUUUCUUAACUGUGUUAAGAUUUCGUUUGUUUUAGUUAAGUAUUCUGCUGCCUGAGUGCUUUACUGGUAAUAGCAGAAUUGCACUAAUUCUUUUUAAAAUUCUUUUAUUGCUAUCUUAUGUUUUUAGAUCACCUUCAUUUGUGAAUCCACCAUCUCUUUCCUGCCUUACAAGCUGUGCCUUGUGACAUUAACUAAAAAAAAGAGCAGCUCAGCUGUGUUAAAUAAUAUAUCAGCUUAGAUCAGCAAUGUGUACAGUAUUCCACACCUGUGGUCCCUCACCUCUGCAAAGAAGGCAGUAGUUUCCUUUAAGGGCUAGUUUUAGUUUCGGAAUAUACUAAUGACCCAAUAUCUAGUCCUUUAACAUCUGCUACCUGCAUUUGCCUUUUCUCUCUGCAUACUCUUUACAUAACAGCUGGUAGCAACUACAAAUGCAUUAGCCAAAACUGGCUCCCUGGUAGCAAAAUGCAAAAAUGCUUUUGUGUUCUACUGCAUCAGUUUGAGGUAGAAGCCCUAUUCUUCCAUUACUGGGGUUAUCAUUUAGGAUUUUUAUAAAAUUAAUUGCUACCCCACAGUAUAGACUAACUAUUUAUAACCAUCAGCUCCCAACUUAGCCACCUUCUACUUCAGUCAGUAGCAUGGAAGGUCAUUUGUUCUGGUUAGGAGCAAGUCAUGCUGUUGGGUAUGUGGUUUAUAUCCGAGUGAACUUAUGCGAAUGUAUGUAUGUCACGAAUGAGUAUGGAAAUAAAAGGAUAUUUAUCUAUAAGCGGAGAGUGACUUAAAGUUACUGGCUUCUGUUACUCAUAUGUCCUCAGCAGGGGUCACUGUUCAACAAGACAACAGGCAUUUCCUAAGCACUUUCUGUGGAUAGCCAUAGAGUUUAGGGAUGACACAGCCAUUGCCUGCAUGACAUUUACUGUUUAGUAGGGAGCUAGAACACAUACUGAAAUAACUGAUUCACAAUAAUAGGUGAUGAGUUCAUCAGAAGGUUAUAAAGCCAAGUGUUUGCUACAGGAGGUCUGGGGGUGAGGGAAGAUUAUAACCAAUCAGGGCUAAGAGAAAGGCUGAUAAUGAAAUGGUGACAUUUGAUUUGGUCUUUUAAAGCCUGGGUCUUUAAAGUCCCAUUGGCAGAGACGGGGAAAGGAGACGUUCCAUCGAGAAAGAGAGAGCAACAUGAGCAAAGUCAUUAGGAGAGAGGACCAUAUUGGGGGGAUAGAAAGAAGUGCAUUUCCCCUGAAUCAUAGGCUGCAUAAGUCUAGGCACUGGACCUCUGAUUUCACUGCUGUGGGGAACUCCCAAAUGAGGAGAGGUCUACCAAUGCAGUUGACACCUCCCCUGCAAUUUAUAAUCUUAAAGACCUAGUUACCUGGCGCCGUGGUGUCAAACUCAAAUAGAAACAAGGAUGGGGCAGGGGAGGGGCAUAUUGACUUGGAAAACCACAUACUGAGAUUGCCCCAUGUUCUAUCAUCUUUUGAUUUAUUUUGUUAAAUAUUUGUCAAUUACAUCUUGGGGGGGGCAGGGCAAUGAG